UUUGUCGAAGGCUGAUAAUUGUAUUGUAGAUUGCGAAUCGAGUCGUGACAUGUCAGUGACAUGUAUGUUAAUGUCUUGGAAAAUUUUGCCUUGAACACCUAAAGAAGUAUGGAGCACGUUGAUAAUCCGAGCUAUCUCCAAACGAUUUGGGCUCCGAUAGCUUCUGUGGGAUGGUACCUCAUAGGACUUGGAAUCAUUGCGUUGUAUACGUUUCCACAUAUCCAAGAAAAAUUUAAAAGUUGGAAAGUUGCGAGGAACCAGCGAGAUGCCGUACUUGGCAAAAAAACUGAUGAAUUACCACAGUUGUCAGCUAAUGUUGAAUUGGCACGACAGAAGAUGCAAGAAGCAUACGACAAGACUCGUGUCUUGGCACUAAUCAAAGAGGAAGAGGAGAAAGAGAAAAAAAGACAAAAGGUCUUGAAAUUGUUGGAAAAUAAAAACGUGGGUACAAGACUCGGUAGUACAACCGAUGAUGAAACUCCUAGUACGAGUACAAAGUCAAAGUUAAAAUCAGAAUAUAAUCCCUUAAUGGGUGAUAGUACUCGUGGAUAUCGUCCUCCAAAACGGAGCUGUUGUAAAAAAGGUGGAUGUGGUUAAAAAUAAUCGUAUAGAAUCUCGUAAGAAAACCAUUCCAUUCUUGCAAUUUAACAAAGUUGUCAAAAUAAAGAGGGAAGUAACUUAUGGAAUCGAACAGCACCUACUUGAAUUGCGGUACUUAUAACUUA